AUGAUCGAACUCUCUAGAUUCCUUAAUACCUCAGCCUGGAAUCUUUCUGGUUCUGAGAGGAAUCCAUGUUUAUGGGACGGUGUUGUUUGCAGCCGACCAGACAAUAUCUCUACACUGGAGUCUCUUGAUGUCUCUAACAACAGCUUGAGCUCAAUCCCCAAUGGAUUCAUGACAAAUUGCGGAACACUAGUUGGGUUGAAGCAGCUGAACUUAAGCAGGAACCAACUUCUUGAUAUCUCUCACAAUAGGUUGAGUGGGAACUUUAGGGACUAUGGUUUUGAUGCUUUGGUUCAGUUGACAAACCUGUCUCUCAACUUCAACAAGCUAGCUAGUCCUGUUCCGACCAAUUUGGCCAAAAGUCUGGUGAAUCUCGAGGUUUCAGAUAAUUUACUGAGCGGAAGUAUCCCUGAGGGCAUCGAAGAUUAUCAAGAGCUAAGGUUGAUUGAUCUCAGUGAUAAUCACCUUAAUAGUCGACUCCCCAGUUCCUUGGGAAACCUCUCCAAGUUAGAAAGUUUACUUCUAUCCAACAACCAUCUUAAUGGAAAAUUUCCAGAAUCACUUUCAAAAAUCCAAACCUUGAGUAGAUUUGCUGUGAACCGUAGCAAUUUCACCCGAACCAUUCCACCAGGGAUCACAAAACACCUUGAGAACUUAGACCUGAGCUUCAACCUUCUAAACGGGUCAAUUCCAGCUGACUUGUUGUCGCAGCCUAAACUUGUCUCUGUGGAUUUGUCAUAUAAUCAUUUUGUUGGAUGGUUACCGCAAAGCCUUUCGAAUAGCCUAGUUAGGCUGAGACUAGGAAGCAAUAAGCUAACAGGGUUUGUGCCUUCAGCUGCAAUUGAAUCACUGCAGAACCUAACCUAUCUGGAGAUGGACAACAACAAAUUAACCGACCACAUACCUCCUGCAUUUGGAAACCUUCUGAGUUUGAAUCUCCUUAACUUGGAAAUGAACGAGUUCACCGGAAUUUUACCUCCUGCACUUGGAAACAUCGCCUCACUACAAGUGAUGAAGCUGCAGCAGAACAAGCUUACCGGAGAAAUCCCAGAUGAGAUCGGAUUGUUAAGUAAACUCUUGAUUCUUGACAUCAGCUGGAAUGCUCUAAGCGGAUCUAUACCGUCUUCUUUUUCGAACUUAGCGGAGCUUUCCAACAUGAAGUUACUAGGAAAUAAUCUAAGUGGCACUAUACCUGACAGCAUUGCAGAUCUGAAUAGUUCUGUUCAUAGCACUCAAGCUUGGUCAAAACCAGCUUAG